AUGGUUGAAGAUUCCGAGCUGUGGGAUGUUAUAUGUGAUGGUCCUUAUGUCCCUACAAAAAAGGUCAGAGAUCCUACUGUGACAUUGCCUAAGACGAGGAAAGAAUACAAUGAUGUUGACAUGAAGGAUGAUUUUAGCUUGCCAAUCUACCAAAGAGAAUGGGAAGCUUUACAAACAGCACACAAAGGAACUACUCAAGUAAAGCAAUCUAAGAUUGACAUGCUCACCAUUAAGUAUGAGCUCUUCAGAAUGAAAGACGAUGAAUCCAUUCAAGACAUGCACACUCAAUCCAAUUCCAUUAUAAAUGAGCUACACUCGCUUGGUGAAAUCUUUCUCAGGAACAAGCUCAUAAGGAAAAUUCUCAGUGUUUUGCCUAGUUCCUGGGAGAGUAAAGUGAAUGCCAUUACUGAAGCAAAGGAUUUAUAG